AUGGGUACUAAGCGCUCUUGGGAAGGGCAGGCCGUCGUCAACAUGACCUCCAACGGGUCGGCUGGUCCGACCAUCUCGAUCUUUGAGAACUUCCGUGACGGCCUCGAUGAGCACCACGACCGACGCGAGCGCAUCAUCAAGGCCAGCCGCGACAUCACCGCACUGAGCAAGAAAAUCAUCUUCGCUCUCCAACGCGUGCGAACGACCAACCAACCCAUCCCGCCGAAAAUCGCACAGGAAAACGACACCCGCCUCGAGCAGAUUCAGAAGCUCUUUGCCUCAGUCACCCCUGAUCUUACCAGUAUCAACGCAUGGCGCUACCAGCGCCAGAUCAGCGGCGGCAUCCAGGAGUACAUUGAGGCAAUCUCAUUCGACCAUUACCUCCGCACCGAAACCUUGAUUACCCACGCGGAAGUCGCAGCGCGACUACCAGGGAUCUUAGUGACAGAAGAAGAUUACCUGAUGGGUCUUUUCGAUCUGACGGGGGAGAUGAUGCGAUUUGCCGUGACAGCACUAAGCUCGGGCAACACGACACCUACAGACGCCGCCAAGGCGGGCAUCCUUCUCGACCUCCGCGCUGUCCGUGCACGAUGUGAGGCGCUCAGUGUUCCGGGACGACACCGCUCCUUCAUGUACAAGGAUCUCUUCAAGAAGACGGAGGUUAUGCAGAACAGCGUGGAGAAGGUGGAACGCGCCGCGUACGGGAUCCUGGUGCGAGGCAGUGAACGGCCGAGUGGUUGGACUCCGGAUCUGUCAGGGCCGAUGGAAGUUGAGACUCGUUGA